AUGGAAAAGUGUUAUCCAACAGUGAGUAAGAAUUACCAAAAGGCAAUUGAGAAAUGCAAGAAGAAGCUCGGAGGAUUCAUCGCUGAGAAGCACUGUGCUCCGUUGAUGCUCCGAUUAGCAUGGCACUCGGCUGGGACUUACGAUUUAAAAAUCAAAACAGGGGGACCAUUUGGGACGAUGAAGCACCAAGCUGAGCUUGCUCACGAAGCCAACAACGGACUUGAUAUUGCUGUGAGGCUAUUGGAGCCCAUAAAGGAGCAAUUUUCAAUCCUAUCGUAUGCAGACUUCUACCAGGACAAAAGUGAACUACCUCCAGAAGGCCGCUUGCCUAAUGCCACUAAAGGUUCGGACCAUCUAAGGGACGUUUUUGGCCGCAUGGGCCUCAGUGAUAAAGAUAUUGUUGCUCUAUCUGGUGGCCACACUCUGGGACGGUGUCAUAAGGAGCGUUCUGGUUUUGAGGGACCUUGGACUACAAAUCCUCUCAGCUUUGAUAACUCCUUCUUCAAGGAACUCCUAAGUGGAGACAAGGAAGGUCUUAUCCAGCUUCCAUCAGACAAAGCUCUUCUCGAGGAUCCAGUAUUCCACCCUCUGGUUGAGAAAUAUGUUGCAGAUGAGGAUGCCUUUUUCGAAGACUAUGCCGAAGCUCAUUUGAAGCUCUUAGAGCUCGGAUUUGCGGAGGAUUAGCAAGGGCUCGAAGGCCGACUAGUUCUUGCCAUCAGGUAUCUAGAGACUACUACCAUCUUCCCCAUAUAAGGUUUUGGCGAUGGCUGUCAUGAUUUAUAUGUCUUGCAAUAUAUAGUAAUGUACUUGUCAAUAGCUGUCUUUAGCACAGCCAAAAUUGAUAUCCUACAUGUAUAGUCUAUAUUUGAACUUUGGGUUGUGACUUUGUGAACUUUAUGUACAUCAUUUGUUCUCUCAUCCUUUCCUUCCAAUUGAAUGUUAUAAGACACUUGUUGAGGCAAAUUGAAAAGUUCCUCUAUUUGUAAUGACACGGAUCCUUGUUGUACAAUGUUGACCAUUUUGAGGUGCAAAAAGGGGUG